AACUGGCAGGGGAAGGAGAAGAAUGGAAGAUAGAAAGAAAUGCUACGCACUCUGCAUGCUGAAAUACGAGGCCGCAUUUAUGGGGUAGAUAGUCGAGGCAGAAGUCGCUUUUGGUAUUUGAUGUAGGACAUGAGGAAGUGAUUGUCGAAAUAUGGAUGUGACGGCGCGUGUAGUAGGUGGAGGCCGUUGUGGGACAAACGACGGUAUGCAACACCUGGCUUGUCAUUCGGUAUUCAUGCAAGGCCGUAAGCGCUUGUUCGUCAUAAGAGAUAAACUCUUCACGGUAUCCGAAAUCAUGGGUAACAACAUAUUCUUAUCGGCGUGUCAUACCGGGGCCGCCGGCUAUGAAGAAAUGCCCGACGAAGUCAUCCACCUUGCAGCUGGACUACAAUUUUGGGGGUUCAAUUGGAGCAUGUUUGGCACUCCGUAGGUGGUCAAUGGCGUGGAGUUUCUCAAUUGUGUCGCUUGGCAGCU